AUGCCGUUCAUGAAUGUUGGGAGUGCGAGGGCUGGGUUCUUCAUUGAUUUUGAGCGCACCGAUAAGCAGAAAUGUGACACGGCUACCGAGGGAUGUUCAGCGCGAACUAUCCUCAGAGCCUCGGAUUACCAGCGCUACCAGGAGGAGACUGGAGCCAUCCCAGCCGGUCUUCGUGGUGGACUCUAUCAAAGAGUGUUCCUCGACCAACACCGAACGCCAACUGCCGACAUCUUCGCAAUCUCUACACCCAAAACCUAG